GGGAAGCGGCGGCGGUGGCAGGAAGGGCGCGAUCGGCGGCCGCGGCUGCCCCGUCAGUGAUCGGUCCGGCAGUCUCCGGUCCCGGGACGGGGGACGCGGCCCCGAGCGGCUCGUGCAGCCCCGGGCGUGAGCCGGGGCGAGCCGGUGGCUCCUCCCGCCGAACGGGCCGUGGCGGGAUGUAGGGCGCUGGGCGCGGAGGCCGCCGGCGCGGCGGGGUGUGCGCGGAGGGCGCGCCGAGGAUGGAGAGAGCGAUGGAGCAGCUCAACCGCCUGACGCGUUCGCUGCGCCGCGCGCGCACCGUCGAGCUGCCCGACGAUAAUGAAACUGCUGUUUAUACAUUAAUGCCAAUGGUUAUGGCUGAUCAACACAGGUCUGUUUCUGAGCUACUAUCAAAUUCGAGGUUUGAUGUCAAUUAUGCAUUUGGACGUGUGAAAAGAAGCUUGCUUCACAUUGCAGCAAAUUGUGGAUCAGUGGAAUGCUUGGUUCUGCUCUUAAAGAAAGGAGCGAAUCCUAACUAUCAAGAUAUUUCAGGCUGUACGCCCCUUCAUUUGGCAGCUCGAAAUGGGCAGAAGAAAUGCAUGAGUAAAUUAUUAGAAUACAGUGCUGAUGUCAACAUUUGUAAUAAUGAAGGCCUUACAGCAAUACACUGGCUGGCUGUGAAUGGGCGGACAGAACUACUCCAUGACCUUGUACAACACGUCAGUGACGUCGAUGUUGAGGAUGCGAUGGGGCAGACAGCACUGCAUGUGGCCUGCCAGAAUGGUCACAAGACGACAGUGCAAUGCUUGCUAGACAGUGGUGCUGAUAUUAACAGGCCAAAUGUAUCUGGAGCCACUCCAUUGUACUUCGCCUGCAGUCACGGUCAGAGAGACACAGCACAGAUUCUCCUGUUACGAGGAGCCAAAUAUCUGUCAGAUAAAAAUGGAGUAACGCCUCUGGAUUUAUGUGUACAGGGUGGCUAUGGAGAGACUUGUGAAGUAUUAAUUCAGUAUCACCCUAGGCUUUUCCAGACAAUUAUUCAAAUGACACAGAAUGAAGAUCUCCGAGAAAACAUGUUACGACAAGUUCUGGAACAUUUGUCUCAGCAAAGUGAAAGCCAGUACCUGAAGAUUCUAACAAGCCUUGCUGAAGUUGCCACAACAAAUGGCCAUAAACUGCUUAGCUUGUCUAGUAAUUAUGAUGCUCAAAUGAAGAGCCUUUUAAGGAUUGUGAGGAUAUUUUGUCAUGUCUUUCGAAUUGGUCCAUCCUCUCCCAGUAAUGGAAUCGAUUUGGGCUACAAUGGGAAUAAAACUCCAAGAAGCCAGGUGUUCAAGCCUCUUGAAUUGCUUUGGCACUCAUUAGAUGAAUGGCUAGUUUUAAUAGCUACAGAAUUGAUGAAAAACAAGAAGGAUUCAACGGAUAUCACUUCUAUUUUGCUGAAACAAAAAGGCCAAGAUCAAGAUGGUACUUCCAUUCCUCCAUUUGAACCUCCAGGACCUGGGAGCUAUGAAAAUCUAUCCACUGGCACAGGGGAAUCUAAACCAGAUGCUCUUGGAGGGAAACAGGAAGCCAGUGCAGACUGUCAGGAUGUUAUUUCUAUGACAGCUAACCGGCUAAGUGCUGUCAUUCAAGCCUUUUACAUGUGCUGUUCUUGUCAGAUGCCCCCAGGAAUGACUUCACCCCGUUUCAUUGAAUUUGUCUGCAAACAUGAUGAAGUUUUAAAAUGCUUUGUUAAUAGAAAUCCCAAAAUUAUAUUUGACCACUUUCACUUCCUCCUUGAAUGUCCUGAGUUGAUGUCAAGAUUCAUGCAUAUCAUAAAAGCACAGCCAUUUAAAGAUCGCUGUGAAUGGUUCUAUGAACAUUUGCAUUCAGGACAACCAGAUUCAGACAUGGUGCACAGGCCAGUGAAUGAAAAUGAUAUCCUGCUGGUUCACAGAGAUUCUAUUUUUAGGAGUAGCUGUGAAGUUGUGUCAAAAGCAAAUUGUGCAAAGCUAAAGCAAGGAAUUGCUGUACGGUUCCAUGGAGAAGAAGGCAUGGGUCAAGGUGUUGUGCGUGAGUGGUUUGAUAUUCUGUCUAAUGAGAUAGUCAAUCCUGAUUAUGCAUUGUUUACCCAGUCAGCUGAUGGAACAACUUUUCAGCCUAAUAGCAACUCCUAUGUAAAUCCUGAUCACUUGAACUAUUUCCGGUUUGCUGGACAGAUCUUGGGAUUAGCUUUAAACCACAGGCAGCUGGUCAACAUUUACUUUACAAGAUCAUUCUAUAAGCACAUUCUUGGUAUUCCUGUAAAUUACCAGGAUGUGGCAUCCAUUGAUCCAGAAUAUGCCAAAAAUUUGCAGUGGAUUUUAGAUAAUGAUAUUAGUGAUCUAGGUCUAGAACUAACCUUUUCUGUUGAAACUGAUGUGUUUGGAGCAAUGGAAGAGGUGCCUUUGAAACCUGGGGGUGGAAGUAUUCUUGUGACACAAAAUAACAAAGCGGAGUACGUCCAGCUUGUUACUGAACUUCGGAUGACAAGAGCCAUUCAGCCUCAGAUCAAUGCUUUUUUACAGGGCUUUCAUAUGUUCAUUCCACCUUCUCUCAUACAACUUUUCGAUGAAUAUGAAUUGGAACUACUGCUCUCUGGCAUGCCAGAAAUUGAUGUGAGCGAUUGGAUAAGAAAUACAGAAUACACAAGUGGCUAUGAAAGAGAAGAUCCAGUUAUUCAGUGGUUUUGGGAAGUUGUGGAAGACAUUACUCCAGAGGAGAGAGUUCUUCUCUUGCAGUUUGUUACUGGCAGUUCCAGGGUCCCACAUGGUGGAUUUGCUAAUAUCAUGGGUGGAAGUGGACUGCAAAACUUUACAAUUGCUGCUGUGCCAUAUACUCCAAAUCUCCUACCAACUUCAAGCACAUGCAUCAACAUGCUCAAGUUACCUGAAUACCCAAGUAAAGAAAUACUCAAGGACAGACUUCUUGUGGCACUACACUGUGGCAGCUAUGGUUACACAAUGGCUUAAGUCUGGAAAAUUCGUCUGAUUACUGAUGCGCAAUUCCAAGUGGCAGAAAUAAUUUAGGAAACUGUCAACAGAAAAGGAGCCUAAAUGCAGCCCACAGGCAGGGGUGAUGUUUAAAAUUCAUAAAGGAUGACGCUUUCUACCCUCCUCUCCCUGCUUCCUUUUUUUGUUUUCUCUUUGUGAUACAAUUAGAAAAUAUAAAAUCACAGUAGUCUUCAAUUUAAAAAAUGCUAAUUGAAAGUAGUAGAAACUGUCCUUUUUCAUAUUUCUUUACUCGUAUCCAAGAUCGUGUCAAGGCAAAACCGUAUUCUACAUUCCACCUACACUAUAUAACUGUCUUGUUAAAAGGGUGUUUUCUCUUUAUUUUCCUAUAUAUUAAAUUAUAUUAGGACAUCCAGCCUGGUAUGUUCUAUUGCAUGUAAAGUGCCGUUUAUAUUUUGGACAACUAUUGUAUAGAAUGGAUUAAUUUAGAUUGUGUAUAAAGCCACAAAUAUGUAUUUUCCCAUAUUGAAUCUAUAUUGCAAUGAUGUUUUUUAGCUUUUUAAUAUUUUAAUAUAUAAAGUUUAGACUGAUGUGACUAACAGCUGAUGAAAUGACAUUUAAUUUAUAUAUUAAAGCUUAUAUUGUAUGAA